ACAGAGUUGUGAAUCUUUGUGUUCUUCUUGGUUUGUACUUGGAAUUUGUACGAUAUGGACAAAAUCAGUCGACUGCCGGAUGAAUUAUUGGUGAAGAUAUUAUCGUUUCUUCCAACAAAAGUUGCUGUCUCCACUAGCAUCUUGUCCAAACAAUGGGAUUUUCUAUGGAUGUGGUUACCUAAACUCGACUACAGUACUAGAAAGUAUUCAGAGUCCGAAUGCGUGAGGUUACGGUGUUUUCUUAACAGAAAUCUGCCAUUACACAGAGCUCCGGUCAUAGAAAGCUUCCGCCUCGAUUUUCUUGCUUCACAAUUCAAACCUAUGACAAUUAGAUCAUGGCUUCUAACUGCAGUUUCACGCAACCUACUAGAGGUGGAGAUUUCUCAUGCUUAUACUAAGAAGGUGCUGAACAUAUUGCCGAGUAGCUUGUACACUUGUAAAUCACUCGCGUCCUUGAAACUGAAUGGAAUGAGGACUCUAGUGGAUGUUCCUCGUAUGGUUUCUCUCCCUUGUCUGAAAAAUUUGUGGCUUGAAGGUGUGAAAUACAAGAAUGAAGAUUCUCUUCAGCGCCUUAUAUCUAAUUGCCCUGUUCUUGAAGAUCUAUUUCUGAACGGAUGCAAAGGGGACAAUAUGGUAAAGUUCAUUGUUAUCGUCCCCUCGUUGCAACGUUUAACCGUCAUUAUACCUGAGGAUAUAGAUGAGUUUGUGAUAGAUACUCCUUCUUUGAAAUACUUCAAAAUUGACUACUGUAAUUACAAGAGACACCACUGUUUGAUUGAGUAUAUGCCUAAGCUGGAGGAGGCAUAUGUAGAAGUUAGCUUUGAUGAUAUUUAUAUUGAGAGGUUUAUCAAACCAAUCACUUCUGUCAAACGUCUGACAUUAUGCAUAGAGUUGUAUGGUGGUGAUGGUUUUGUCUUCAACCAGCUUGAACAUCUGCAACUAUGUACAUGCGAUGAAUAUAAGUCGGAUGAGAUUGUUGUCCGGUUGCUCAAAGAUUCACCUAACUUACGAGUACUAGACCUAUUCAAAAUGAAAUGUCAUGACACUAUUGGUGGUCUGUAUCGUUGGAAUCAACCAAGUACGGUUCCGGAAUGUAUUUUGUCGAGUCUACAAACUUUCAAGUGCUCAGGAUACUUGGGAACACGAGGAGAAAGAGAUCUUGUGAUUUAUAUAUUAAAAAACGCUAACCAAUUAAAGACUGCAACGAUCUUGUUUCCGACGGUUGACAUGAAAAAAGAGCUGACUCUUUCUUCUCGAGCUUCUAACGCAUGCCAACUUGUAUUUGAUUGA